GCAUCAUUCAUUGCGAUGCGUUGGCUGGGGCUGACCGUCUACGGAAAAUAUACCUGCGCCGGUCCUCUACCUCCAUCUCCCUCUCCCCGACUACCCUCGUACCCUACGUAGCUGUGCGUGUUUUGCUUUUUGGCCGCGUCAAUCCUCCGCGAGCUCCAUCGCCGUAUUCUUAGUGUAACGCAUAGCUCAUCAGAACCCUCACACCUCGCCAUCCCAUCUAGAACCACACCAGACGUCCGCCCAUGAUUGCGUGGCAACAUGGAGAACAGUAGGGCGGUCAAUCCUGCACUGCAACGCCUCUCCGAUCCGUAUCCACAGAAGCGCUCGUCGCAACGGCGCGCGGCAGACGCACAGCCCACCAUCGUCAUGGCCGCGUCCAUCCCAAGCAACACGGCUCGAGUUGCCGCUCACCGCCGCCGACAGAGCCAGAACAUCCCACCGCCGACCUCAGGCCCAGCCCACGAGUCCAUCCCUGCGGCCCCCGAUGUCCCCCGCGCCCCGCCGUCCUCGUACAAGGAUCCGUAUGCCUCCAAGUCAGGCGCAAGAGGGCCGCCGCGCGCCUCGACCCGCUCGCGAGACCCGCCCAUCCAGAUCAACGCGAGCCUGAAGCAGGCGACGGUGCAGACGGCCGCCAACAGGCUGUACGAGCUGCGUUCGCCGCCCUACGCCCCCGUCGAGCCGCUUUCGGGCACCGUGGAGCGCCGCAGCUCGCUGCACACCCCCUCUGCGCCGUCUGUGCCCGACCGCUCGCCUCUGCAGAAGCUCGAGGGCAAGCUCGACGACAUCAGCAAGGAGGAGCGGCGCGCGCGCAUACUCGAUGCCGAGCUGGCCGCGCAGGAGAAGGUCGAGGCCGAGGCCCGCGCCCGACGCGCGCGAGAAGCUGCGGGGAAACAGCAGCGCGUCACCUCGCAGCCCGUCGCCCGCUCGGACAAGGCGUCGAGCGUGUCCAGCCGCACCACGAGCAGCAGGCGCCACGUCUCGGUGCCGGUGCACAGCAAGCCCCGUUCUCCGCCCAUCAGCGAUGUGGCGUCGGACGAUGGCUAUACCUACGACAUGAGCGAGCCGUGGGAGUCUGCUGGUGCGCGGUCCACGCCAGCCCCGCGAAAGAACCAGCGCACGCCCGUGGGCUACCAGAAGGCGCACCACACCACCGUGGUCGCGCGCAACCCCAGUCUGAAGGGGAAAGAGCCCGCUGGGAGCUCGCGGGGGUCGGGCAGCUUCCGCGAUCGGACAACGGCCUCGCCAGCCCAGAGACCGCUGAGCAUCCACAGGAAACCAGUCGCCAGCCCCUCGGGCCUGGGCUUGGUGGGCGUGGACGACACCUCGUCCGUGGCCGACAUCGCUCGCUCGGGCAGCAGGGCGCGCUCGCAGGCUUCUCUGGCGUCGAGAGAGCCUGGCAGCCACGAGAAGCGGAGGGACAGCAGAGGCAUCACGGAUGCGCAGAUGGAGAUGCAGCAGCAGCUCCUCGACAACAAGAGGAUAUCUUCGCACGGCGUGGGCUAUCCCGCACCGCCCUCCUACGACGGCACCACAGCUUCUGCCAACCGCAAGAGCGUCACAUUUUCCGAGAAAGAUCUGCAACUGCAGCAGCCCGACUCCAGCCACCAUCACUUCAGACAUCACGACGUGCCCGAGCGAACCUACGUGAAAACGCCCAUGUUGGAGAAUUGGAAAGACGCCACCAUCGCUGCCCUCGUCUCGGAAGAUCUGGAUCUGGAUGCGCCCAUACGAUCCACCAAUGGCAACCCGGCCACCAGCAACCAGGCUUGGUGGGAAGAAAACCAGGCUUCUCAGAAGAAACGCCCCGCCAACCACGCAGAGCCCACAUACGAUGGCUACGCGGACGAGCCCACCAUGCCAACCGCCUUCAACCCCCCGCUGUACCUCAAAUGUGGGCCUCUUUUGCGCUACACUGGUCUGCGUCGAGACCGGAGUGUGGUGGGCAAAGAGCGCGAAAUAUGGAGAGGCAGUGUCAUGAUCGUGACCACCGAUGCGCAGUCUUCCUACCAGAAGCCGCCCGUGCUACGACUGUUCAAGCAGCCAAUGGACAUCCUCCCGCCGCCUCCGUCUGAGGUUGACCAUGACCAUCUUGACCCGGCUUACAUCGACCCGAUCGAAGGCCAAAGCAAAGUGUCACGGACCGGAAGGACCCUGUACGUCAAGGCAGUCGAUGAGCUUGGCGAGAACGAAGACCUUUCGCGCAUUGAGGAUGACACAGGACUGUUCUCUUCCACGCGGAGCCCGUCUGGCAGUGGGUUGGGUGGUAAGUCCAGCCGAAUCCACAAGAGAGACGGCGAGAAGCUCGGCAAAGUGAGAGAGGUUCCCGGCGUCAGGCUCCAUGCCGAACGAGGAGUCACUUUCUGGCGCUUCAAUCUGGAAGUUGAACUCGGGAGCAGCGAGACCCGCAUCGCCUAUCGAAUCAAUUCUGGCCCUGCCACCGGGUUCUGGGUCCCGGCCAAGGGCGAGUCCAUGAACAUCAUGUUCCACAGCUGCAAUGGCUUCUCGUUCAGCGUCGAGACGAAUGAGUUCUGCGGCCCCGAUCCAAUGUGGCGCGAUGUCCUGAACAACCACAGCUCCCGGCCCUUUCAUGUCAUGCUCGGUGGAGGCGAUCAGAUCUACAACGAUGCUGCGAUGAGGCAGACAACCCUGUUCAGACAGUGGACGGAGAACAAGAACCCCUUGCAAAAGCACAACGCGUCGUUUUCCGAAGAGAUGCAGAACGAGUUGGAGCAGUUCUAUCUGGACCGCUACUCGAUGUGGUUUUCGCAGGGCCUUUUUGGAAUGGCAAACUCCCAGAUUCCGAUGGUCAACAUCUGGGAUGAUCACGACAUCAUCGAUGGCUACGGAUCUUACCCUCACCAUUUCAUGCAGACGCCCGUCUUCACCGGUAUUGGUGCCGUUGCGUUCAAGUACUACAUGCUCUUCCAGCAUCAGUCAGUCCCCGCCGAAACUCAAAAGACUGAGCCCUCGUGGCUACUCGGGAAGUCCCCAGGUCCGUACAUCAAAGAGCAGUCUCGAAGCGUGUUCAUGCAUCUUGGACGGCAGGUUGCAUUCCUAGGCCUGGACUGCCGCACCGAAAGGAAGCGCGACGAGAUCCUCACUGAAGACUCCUACGACAUCAUCUUUGACCGCCUGGAGGAUGAGAUCAUCAAGGGCGAGACCAAGCACCUGAUCGUCCUUCUUGGAGUGCCUAUUGCCUAUCCUCGCCUCAACUUCCUCGAAAACGUUCUGACAAGCAGACUGAUGGAUCCUAUCAAGUGGCUCGGGCGUAUUGGAUUGCUUGGCAACUACCUCAACAAGUUUGACGGUGGUGUGGAGAUUCUCGACGACCUCGACGACCACUGGACAGCUAAACACCACAAGGAGGAACGGAACUGGUUCAUCAAUGAACUGCAACACAUCGCCGCUACCAAGUCUGUUCGCAUCACGAUUUUGGGAGGUGAUGUUCAUCUUGCGGCAGUGGGUCAAUUCUACUCGAACAAGAAGCUCAAUAUUCCGAAAGACAAGGACCACAGGUACAUGCCGAAUGUCAUCUCUUCUGCCAUCGUCAACACACCCCCGCCGGAUGUCAUGGCGGACGUUCUGAACAAACGAAACAAGAUACACCAUCUCGACGACAACACGGACGAAGACUUGAUACCCAUCUUCACGCAUGGUGUGAAUGGGAGCAAGAGAAACAACAACUGUCUGCUACCUCACAGGAACUGGUGUAGCAUUCGAGAGUGGAAGCCAGGAUUCACUCCACCAGGCACACCGUCGCCGCCUGAGUCUGUGGAAAAUGCUCCAGGUCUCACCAGGACACUUUCAGACUACACGCCUCGACAGAUGGUUAGGCGCCUCAGCGGUGACCAGACAAGUCGCCCUGGAAGGAGUCGUGGACCGCCGCUGUCCUACCGCAACAACCCUGCGUACGCCGCUGCAGAUGAACAGCAAGUUGAAACCCAACACCAGCCACAGUCAUCGUUCUCGCCUGAUCGAUCUGAGACCGAACGACCCGUUCGCACGCGUCGCAACUCGUUGACGUCGCUCUUCCGCCGCCGACCGUCAGUCGACGACGCUGCCAGUCGUGACUAUUCGCCGAGUACACCAUCUCGCAAUCGUAGCAGCGCCUCCAAUGAACGGCCUUCCAAUUUCCACCGGAGACCCAGUGUUCUGACCAAGAGAGGACAAAGCACCUACGUCAACCUCGAGGGCGGUCUCGACAUCUGCCUCAACAUGGAGGUUUCACAGCAUGAUCCUGCGGGUAUCACUAUGCCCUAUCGACUGAUAGUGCCUGCACUUGACUACACUGCUUCGCCGCCUGCUCACGCCGAGAAGCAGCAUCACAAGCCAAUGUUCGGCGGCAUCUUCGGUGGAGGCCGUCGUGAACGCACGGUAGGCGACGACGGACGCUCUCACAACGGCAGCGACAGCGACAGCGGGAGUGGGAGCGAACUAGGCGAGAUGUCUGACGACGACGAACAGCGUGCCAACCAAAGAUACCAAGUCGCGCCCAGAGUCGUAGCCCCAAGCCUCGGAUCGCAGAACAAGCGCAAUUCAAUCCCCGACCCGAAUAAAGCGUUAAGCUCAGGCUACCACAGCAACUCCCCUGCGUACAUAAACCCGCCCCAAACAGACGGCGCGCAAACCGACCGCAGACAAAGCAUCGACGUAUCCCACACCUCGCGCUCCUCAGCCUGGGAAUCCAUCGGCGGAAAACGCCACGUCAGCGCGCCCCAUCCCGCACCCCCAACACACACAACAACACACACAACAACGCAGACAACAAUCUUCCCCUCCUCACACACAACCCGCAGACAACCAAGCUACAACUCCUCCCACCAAUCCCAACUCCCAUCCGAAGCAAAAAUCUACAAGAAACCCACACCCGCCAUCCUAACCCAACACGACGACGACGCACACUUCGACCCAGCCCUCGCCCACCAGCGCUCAAAACGCGAAUCUUACCCCCCGCACCCCGCUAUCGUAGGCGCCGGCCCAAACUCCCCGUAUAAACGCGGGUCCCUCGACAUGCAGGCCCGCGACGACACGGGUGCAGGUGGUGGUGCAGGGGACUACUUCGCGAGCGGCGGCCGCGACGUGCGCGCGAGUGGGCAUGCGCCUGUGGAAGUCGUCGCAGCGGCAGUACCGGUACAGGUGGCUAGCUCGACGGCGUCGAGGGGCGCGAUGUAUUCGUCUGCUGGUGUCGAGGCGGGGCGGCGCGCGUAUCCUAGUUAUCCCUCCGCGGGCGUGGGGGGUAGGCGCUUUGAUGAGGAUGAUUCGGAUAGCUAUGAUGAUGAGGAGGAUGAUGAUGGGGAGAGUUAUGGUGGGAGGAGGGGGGAUAGGGAUGGGGUGAGGAGUCCGGAGAGCUUUGUUCCGCCGAAACAGAAGAAGAAGUGGCAGAUUUGGCGGUAG